UUGAUAAGGUGCAAUAUCAAAUGCAAGGAUUAUUAUUAUUGUAUGGGGUAAGAAUACUGGGAAGAAUUUAUCUUCCCAAAAUGUCCAGUUUUACUCUAAAUGGGUCCCACAUCAGACCCUACUGUCUUUUCUGUUGCCCCUUGAGCCAAUGAAUCCCGUAUCUUAAAGAUAACAUUAAGCCCAUGAGCGGAAGUAACAUGAGAGGAUCACUGUUUUUUACAAAAAGACGUCUCAAAGAUGUGAUAAGGCACUAUAUCAAAUGCAAGGAUUAUUAUUUUAUUAGUUUACCCAAAUAGAUUACUUGAUAAAGAGUAAUUUAGGUAAUGGCACAGAAGCAGUUUCACAUAGUGCCUUCCCUUUCUGAGGUCAUACCCAAAUUAAGUCCCUCCUUCCCAAACUGAUGAGUCUCAUUUAAGUCAGAGUUGGAGCUGAGCAACCAGUGAAUUGUAAACCCAAUUGCCAGGUUAACAAAUCUGCAAGAUGCAACCGUUUUGCAGCCCUGUUGUUUCAGAUGAUGAGAAGCUGAAGAAAGUGGUGAUAAUUGGCGGUGGCUUGGUUGGUGCUUUAAAUGCAUGUUUCUUCUCUAAGAGAGGUUUUCAAGUGGAUGUUUAUGAAGCACGAGAUGAUAUCCGAAAAGCCAAAAUCGCAAGAGGGAGAAGCAUCAAUCUUGCUUUGUCCCACCGAGGACGACAGGCCCUGAAGAGUGUUGGAAUAGAAGAGCAGAUUGUGUCCAAAGGCAUUCAAAUGAAUGCCAGGAUGAUCCAUUCACUUUCAGGCAAAAAAUCGUCUUUUCCUUAUGGAAAGAAAGGACAGUAUAUUCUAUCAGUGGACAGGACAAAUUUAAAUCGAGCAUUGUUAACUGCUGCUGAACAGUACCCAAAUACCACAUUGAACUUUGAACAGAAGCUGCAAAACUGCUCUGUUGAGGAGAGGUUGUUAUCGCUCACCAGGCCUGAUGGUUCUGUCGUGGAGGUUUGCUAUGACCUUGUUGUUGGCUGCGAUGGGGCUUUUUCAAGAAUGAGGAAACAGUUUAUACGAAAGCCAAGGUUUAACUACAGUCAGACAUAUAUCCCCCAUGGCUACAUGGAGCUCACCAUGCCACCCAGAAAUGGGGAUUUUGCAAUGGAGCCCAAUUAUCUUCACAUUUGGCCCAGAAAUACCUUCAUGAUGAUCGCCUUACCAAAUCUGGACAAGUCCUUCACCUGCACUCUCUUCAUGCCUUUCGAAAACUUUGAGAAGCUUACUACAGAGGAGGAAGUGCUCCAGUUUUUCAAGAAAUAUUUUCCAGACUCCAUCCCUCUAAUAGGAAUAGAGUCAUUGAUGCGGGAUUAUUUCCUACUGCCAGCCCAGGCAAUGGUCUCAGUAAAAUGCGGCUCUUACCAUAUCGGCUCCACAUGUAUGCUCAUGGGAGACGCAGCUCAUGCAAUUGUUCCAUUUUAUGGCCAAGGCAUGAAUGCAGGUUUUGAAGAUUGCCUUGUCUUUGAUGAAUUACUGGAUCAGUUCCACAAUGAUUUCUCCAAAUGCCUUCCUGAGUUUUCCAGACUGCGUGUGCCUGAUGAUCAUGCCAUUUCAGAUCUGGCCAUGUACAACUAUGUGGAGAUGCGAAUGCAUGUGAACUCAAAGUGGUUUAUGUUCCGUAAAUACUUGGACAACUUCCUCCAUUUCAUGAUGCCAAGGACCAUUGUGCCCUUGUACACAAUGGUUACUUUUACUCAAAUACGUUACCAUGAAGUGAUAAAGCGAUCAAAAUGGCAAACUAAGGUAAUCAAUGCAGGGUUAUGUGUGUUGGGAGCAGCAGCAACAGCCACUGGGAUAUAUGUCCUGCACAAGUUCAGCAAUGUGAAUAUUCAUAUGGAAGGGAUCAGGAAUUUGAUUUUCAUUUUUAAGUAACUGGGAGUAAUUGAAAGUGAUUGGGAUCCUUGUAGUUAAUAUUGGAACACCCUGAUUGUGAUUCUAUGUUAAUAUAAGCUGCCCACUUAGAGCUACUCACUGUCUGUAAGGGCUUUUAUGUUGAAUAACCAUGGGGUUUCGUCCACUGGCAGUACUGAGCUCAUUAAUGUUUUUUUGGAUUUGGCCAGCUUUAUAAUUAGCCGUUUUAUGAAUGUUGUGAAGUAAACUUUUUUUUUGCAAACUAGAAGUUGGAGCAAACUUACUGAGAAACCUAUUUACAUACAAUACCCACCAGACUACAUUGUGGAAUAUGAAAAUUGAACCGAAAUAAAUAUUAACCACAGACGAGAAUAAUUAUCUCCCCCCACCCUAUUCCUGGAGAAACGCUCAUCGAUACCGCCAUAGAUGGAAAGGAGUGAAUAAAGCUCACUCAUGGGAGAACUCCUUCCUCCCUCUUCCUUGAAAUUUGUUUCUUGAUUCCCGAGGGCACCCGUGGCUGCUUUCUAUUGCCAACCUGAUAUUGAGUGUGGCUGGACUUUGAAUGAGGGUGCAAGGUCUUUUAGUGUAAUUUAUUUUAUAGUUUAGUCACUUUAACCAAAUUUGUGCUCGUUUGUCAGCUUUUGCUGAAUGUAUAACUGCGGGAUUAAGGAUUAUCCCACAAUAAUGUUGUGCAUGUUGUUUAGUCAAUGUCCACACAACCAAACUCUGCAACUCACAACACAGUAUUACAACACAGUGUACUGACCCAAGAAACAUACUACAUUUAUUCACAAUGCAAUAUAAAAAACAAUAAUUCUUAUCAGCAUAGUUUAUUACAGUAUCAAAGUGAAAGAUAGUAACAAAUACUAUAAUUUAAUUAUUUACGGAGCUCAGUUUUUAAAAUAGCUGCGGGUUGAAAGCCCAGUUUAAAACACACCAAGAGUGAUUUCUUUUUCUGCUUUACACGGCUUUUCUGUCUCCUAUAAUUUGGAUAGCAUUCGCAUCUACUGCACUUUCCCAUGGAUGUGACCUUCAAAUGGAGUUUGAAUAUCAAAUAUAUCAAAUGCAAGGAUUAUUAUAUGAUUUCCCAUUUUAUGUGAGCACUCACAUCUUAAAAUCUUGUCUUAGAAAGAAAAGGCAUUUUCUUGUGUACCCUGAAACAAAAAUAAAGCUUUGCAAAGGAAUUGUUUAAUCAGCAA